CAGGUAGUGGUAUCACAAGAGACUCCAGGCUGCUUCACCCGCGUCGGCCUUAUCGCUACUAACCGAAGUCACUCGGCUACUAAGGUCGCCUCUUACACCACACCGCACCCAAGGCCUAUUAAAACACCCACCCCAAUCCAACAUACACCCCUUCCAAGCAACCCACACAAACACACCACCAUGAGUGGCAAAGCAGAACCCAAGGUGUACUUCGCCAACGAGCGCACGUUCCUCAACUGGCUGCACACCGCCGUGCUCAUAUCCUCCACCGGUCUGGCCCUGAUGAACCUGUCCCCAAAUAGUGGGGCCAGUUCACGUACCUCCAUCAUUGCGGGGGCGAUCAUGAUCCCUGUGGCUAUCCUGUUUAUGGCCAUGUCUCUGUGGACGUUUGUGAAGCGCGACCGCAUGAUAAAGAACGGUGGGGAAGAGUUCCAAAGCAAAAUGGGGCCCAUCUUAAUCACUGUGCUGCUGUUAGGUGCGUUGGUGCUGCAGUACGGUCUGUGGUUUGCGGAGAAUGGCUCGGAUGUGUCCAAUUGGUAUAAUAAAGAGGCGCAGGUCUCGGCGCAAUAGCGAAGCGAAGCGCAGGGACGGGUACGUUUGGUUGCAUGGGACGGGAAUCGGAUAUAGUGUCCAAGCUGGAUGCUGAGUUACCAUGACAACGGGUGAGUGCACGGGGUGCCCCGUCCGAUCGUAUGCCGAAGGACGAUGGUGCAGUUUAGUGAGGGAUUCGAUUGUCACGUGCUUGCCUCGCUUUGACAGAGAGUGCCGACGUUGUCGAUUCCUGUACUGUUUAUAAACUCCCGGAUUUUUGGUAGAGGAUUAAGACCCGUUGUGCGCCGCAUAGGGGACAGUGCAGUUUUGCUGACAAAAAUUAGUUGGUAUUGAGGGCUGCGUGCACAGUCAGAACUACUUGAGGGCAUUUCCAGCUCUGUAUAGUUGUAUGAUAGUAUCCCAACUUCAAUGAUUAUAGCAAGCAAGCCUGCCGGUACUUUUUUAGGUGUAUAUGGAUGUAAAAUAAACGAACUUCACUGA